GAAGCCGAGUCUACGAAUAAGUAAGCAGGGAGAGAGACCGAGGAAGGUGGGUCCACACCGCGAACUGUCUACCGGAGCAGAACUACGAGCUACAUCUCACACAAACUACCCGACAUGUAGUGCAGUAGAACAGAGGAGAAGCCGGAUAUCGUAAGGGUUGUCGUCGUGUUGUGUGCGGACACAAUGGCGCACACUCGGCUCUGUUGAACAUUUGUAGCAACAUCAACAUCUGGCCGACAGGCUAACAGGCGGUUAGCAUUAGCAGCAGUGGGUUGAACAGCUGCUGUCUGUCUGUCUGUCUGUCUGUCCGGAAGGCCGAGUGGGGAUUUAACUUUCUCUGUCCGUGUCUGGACUCACCGACACACAGCCGCCGGUCAAUGAUACACUGAUAUUUAUUCCCUGUCGGUAAGCAUGGAGUCCUCUUUGGGGAUAUGCGACGAGGAGUGCUUGGCGACUGUAAGAGGUCAGGAGCUGAGGGCUGGCCAGAGGGAGCCCAGACUACUGUCACUAAUUGAGCGCAGUGGAGAGUUUAUAUUGGGUGUUUUGGCCACCCCUGAUGCUGUUGUGUCUCGUCCAGUGCCUCAGCUGUCUAUACCCAUCAAUGGUAAUUUUGAAAUUGUGCGAGAGGCAGAGGACGCUCUUCUUAUUAACUUCUCAGUAGAUUCCUGCAUUAGGAUACGAAUCAAAGGAGAAAAAGCCCCAGAGUUGCUGUUGGAACUCCAGGACGAUGAUCGGACUCAGACUUUCCUCACCCAGGUGAAGAGUGCUCAGCAGCAAGUUCAAUCCAAACUCACGAAACCCAAAGCGAUGGAGCCCCCUGCACCAGCAGCCCUGAGAGGUCCAGUUCCCAUCCCACCACAAAGAGCCAACAAAGUAGGCUCUGGAGUCAACCCACCCAAAUCUGCCAGUGCACUGCCUCCUGACCGCAACAAUGGCAUGUCAACAAAUCAGACUAGAACAGAUCCAGUUCAAUCACUGGCCUCAGACUUUGGCUUUGAGGAAAACUUCAACAACUCUCUGAAAGUGGAGGAAAAGAAGAACCAUCAGAAUCGCAUUGUGGCCUCUAGGGAUCCUCCUCCUGUUCCUCCUCUACCUCCUCGCAAAGCCUCCUACACUCCAUCCAAUCCUCUGCCUCCUCCACCAGUCCCUAAAGACAAAGCUGUCUCCCUACAGGCCAAAGAAAACUUCAUCAGUAGCACCAAAACAGAAAGUUUCCGGUCAGGCUUUGACCGCGUGGAAAGGCAACCAUCUUGGUGCGACAGCCCCACCACCAACAGCAUGAGACAGUCUUUGUUCUCCAGCCAGGCAGGACAAAGAGAAUACCUCAUCAAACACCGCCUGGGUAAGAAGGAGAAGGAGUAUGUGGACAUUGUGACCUUCAGGUUUUUCACAGGUACGUGGAAUGUGAACGGCCAGUCUCCAGACAGCAGCCUUACACCGUGGCUCUGCAGUGACUCAGAACCUCCUGAUCUUUAUGCUAUUGGUUUUCAAGAAUUGGACCUCAGCAAAGAAGCUUUCUUCUACAUGGAUUCGGCCAAGGAGCAUACGUGGAUAGAAGCUGUGGAGAGGGGCUUGCACCCAAAAGCCAAGUAUAAGAGGGUUCAGAUCAUACGACUAGUUGGGAUGAUGCUUGUGGUCUAUGUCAAAAAGUCCCUCAAGAAUCACAUAAGAGAAGUGGAUGCACAGCAUGUGGGCACGGGAGUCUUGGGAAAAAUGGGGAACAAAGGAGGCGUAGGAGUAAGAUUUGUUUUCCACAACACUACCUUCUGCAUCGUUAACUCCCAUCUAGCAGCACACGUGGAAGACUUUGAGCGCCGCAACCAGGACUAUAAAGACAUAUGUGCCCGCAUGACCUUCGACGUACUGGACCAACCCCCUCUCAGUAUUGUAAAGCAUGAUGUCGUAAUCUGGCUCGGGGAUUUAAAUUAUCGUCUGUUCAUCUCUGAUUCUGCUGAGAUCAAACAGCACAUUGCUAUGGGCGAGCUAAGAAAGCUUCAGGAGGUUGAUCAGCUGAACAUUCAGAGGCAGACAAAGAGAGCUUUCACAGACUUUAUGGAGGGAGAGAUCAACUUCAUUCCCACAUACAAGUACGACCCCAAAACGGAUCGAUGGGACUCGAGUGGCAAGUGCCGAAACCCAGCUUGGUGUGACAGAAUCCUUUGGAGGGGCAACAAUGUCAAGCAGCUCAGAUAUCAAAGUCACAUGGAGUUGCAAACUAGUGACCACAAGCCUGUCAGCUCCCUCUUCAGUAUCGGGGUUAAGGUUGUAAAUGAGAGCCGCCACAAAAAGGUGUUUGAGGAAAUUGUUCGGGCGAUGGACAGAUUGGAGAAUGAGUUCCUUCCAUCUGUAUCUCUGAGCAGAAGAGAGUUUACAUUUGAGAAUGUGAAAUUUCGGCAGCUUCAAAAGGAGUCCUUCCAGAUAACAAAUGACGGGCAAGUCCCCUGUCACUUCGCCUUCAUCGCCAAACUCAAUGAUGCACAGUAUUGUAAAUCUUGGCUCCGUGCUGACCCAAGCAAUGGAUUCUUAGAGCCAAAUGAGACCCUGGAGAUCUAUCUGGAUGUGUAUGUCAGUAAAGACUCCGUCACUCUGCUGAACUCUGGAGAAGACACCAUAGAAGACAUUCUGGUUCUCCAUCUGGACCGUGGCAAGGACUACUUCAUUACCAUCUCUGGCAACUACCUGCCCAGCUGCUUUGGCACCUCACUGGAGACGCUGUGCCGCAUGAAGAAACCCAUCAGAGAGAUCCCCAUCACCAAACUCAUUGACCUGGGAGAGGAUAGCUACAUGGAAAAGGAGAGGUCAAAGGUGAACUUCCUGUUGGUGGAUGGUGCAAGUACUGAGGACAAACCCCUGAAGAUCCCCAAGGAAGUGUGGAUUCUUGUCAACCAUCUCUUCACCAAGUCCUGUGAUCAGGAGGACUUGUUCCAGACACCAGGCCUACAGGAGGAGUUGCAGAGCAUCAUUGACUGUCUGGACACCAGCAUCCCAGACUCCCUCUUUGGUUGUAACCACUCUGUAGCUGAGGCUCUGCUGAUCUUCUUGGAGGCCUUGCCGGAGCCAGUGGUGUGUUAUGAACUCUACCAACGGUGCCUAGACUGCGCUCAUGACAGCCGCCUCUGCAAACAGUUGAUCUCCCAGUUGCCCCGGGCUCACCGCAACGUGUUUCGGUACUUAAUGGCCUUUCUGAAGGAACUUCUCAAGCACUCACACAACAACAACCUAACAGCCAGCCUCAUAGCAACACUCUUUGCCAGCCUCCUUAUCCGACCGCCGCCCAACCUGGUGAGCAAGCAGACACCACACGACCGACAGAAAGCCAUCGACUUCAUUCUGGGCUUCCUCAUGGCAGGAGAUGAGGAGUAACCGAGGGCGAUGGAUCCUCAUGACGUCAGUCAGGUUUGGCGUUGAUUUCCAACCUGGCUUACUGUUGGCAAAGGACCUGGACCUGUAGGACACUGUGUUACACCAUCGACUUGGUAUUUUGUCAUCUAUUGGAGACCAGUGCAGCUGCACCCUACUGUUCACAAACUCUCAUAUUAGAGGAAAAGACACUUCCAUUAUAACUAUGAUGACUAUACCAAGUGUCAUAUCUUCAGUUCAUUCACAGUAUGACCGCUCGCUGGAUUUUGACGCUACUUGGGAGAGGUUUGAACUGAUGCCGAUGCACUUUCUGAUGACCUAGAGGCUCUGUUCCUUCAGACUAGAGUUGUCCUUGUCCUCAGCUGACCCUUCUCAUCGUAGGUGCUCAUGCCAAAAUAACCGCUGAACAGCGAAUGGUAUGAAUGUGAAAACACUAUGUAUCCAUAGAUGCUGAGCGAAAGACUCAGUUACACUAAAGAAGUUUUCAGGAGUAGACUGAAUACUAUUAUACGGUUCAAAGCAGUAAAUAGUCUGAAAUGGGAUAACUGUGGAAAUCUAUAUACUAAGAAUGUUUAAGCUUAAGAUAAAUCAUGACAAUCCAUUUUGCAGAAUUUUAACUUUAGUGAGGGGACAAUAAUACCCGUUGUAGUAUUUAUAUAUUUUUUUUUUCUUCUCAGUACGCACCAUUCUUGGUUUCUACUACAGUGGUUUAUUUUCACCUCUUCAUCGGUUGUAAAAUAUUUCCCAGGAAAUAUUCAUGGCUUGUUUUUUAUUGUCAUGUUAUAAAAAACGUGAAUGUUUGCUGUGUUUUUGUGUAACUUCAGCCGUGAGCCUUACAUCUCGUUUUGCCAGUUCCUCUUGAGUUACAAAACAAGUCUUUUAACACACUAACUUCCUGGUCCGCCAGAAUCAAGUGAAGAGUCAACCUCUGUGGUUCUUGAUGUCUUAAAUUGUAGUGAUUGUUUCCCUGUUCCAUGGGUAUAUAUGCCUGUUGAUAAGGUGGUGCAAAUCUGUAAUGGUGUCUAAAGUUUGUCAUGUUUGUCAUGAAGGUGGUACUGUUACUGUCUGUGUUUGUUUACAUGUCUUCUUCCUUAUUUCUGCCACAUCUUAAAGCUCAUUAUUCGUUGUUUUAGGCCUGUGUGAUGCCAAGACACAGUCGUUGUUUUCCUCAUGGUAAAUGCAGAUGAGUUUUAGGUGAUGCAGCAUUUUCUGUAUGCAAGUUUAGCGAGAUUGAAUGGUUCAUUACUCUGCAGGAUACAGCCUGUCUUUGUGCACCUUUCUCAUUUGUGCCACAGAGGAUCUUUUUUUUUUCUUUCUCUGUAGUCACUGUUGCAAAACAUGUCGUGGUUAGCGAAAUAAGGAACUUCUAUGCUGUGUAUAAUGAACAGUGUUUCCUCUUUAACAGUUUUACCCAAGAGAUGUCAGCCUUAGCUUUCCUAUUGGACAACAAUAUUCACAUUUAUGACAUUCAUUCCCCCUUGCUCAGAAUCUUCAGAAGAUUUCAUGUUUGGAGACAAUGUGAGCUCAUGAUGUAAUGCUCCAACGCUGACAAUCAUGGCACUCAGAAAUGCCCGUCGGGCUGACGUUGCUCUAUUCCUGUGUAGUUUCUUCUUCCUUAUUGCCAUCCAUACACUAGAUUCUUGUGUUGGUGAUAAUCAAGCCGAGCUUUGCCAAAAGGUGGCUUGGGUGUGAAGGCAUAGUUCCUGGUGAUUCAGAUUUGGGAGAGCCAUUUUAUUAUAGCCAUUUAUUUAUUAACUGUGUCUGUAGAAAUACCACCACCAUCAUCAUCAUGUCAAACCCCAAAUCAAUAUAAUCAAUAACCUCUGAUUUUAAGUGUUGUCUUAUGCCACUGUACCAACUGAUGUAUUUGUAUGGAUUCAUUGUGCUUUUUGUCUUCGGUUUUGUCACAAUUUGUUCAUAAAGUUAUGGUACAUUUAAAGUUACACAAGGAAACACUUGCACCUGUUUUCCAUUUUUUUGGUGCUUUUAAUUUAUUUAACACAAAUAAAACAUGUAUAAAGCUG